AGGAAAUGAGGUUACAGCCACUGUCAAUGGGACAGAAGUGCAAAAUGCUGCGUAAGAGAACUAGCCUUGUCGUCUUGCACGCAGUAUAGCCUAACCUCAGUAUACAGAGAAACCCUCCUAUCAAUGUUCCCAAGCGCCACUCCAUACACAGCAAACUUCACAGCCCCCGGAGGAAACCUGCUACAACCACCGUCGUCCCUCAUGAAGGAGAUCUUCACGGCCGUUCCUCCAACAGUCCUCGCCCAGCUAAUGCUCCCUACGGGCCGCAGCUCAAUCGCGUCCGAGUUCAAGGCCGGAAACACGCCGAGUUGGUAUGAAGAGCUACCUACGGGAGUCAAGAGCUACGUCCUCGCCAUGAAGUCGCAAGUCGCAGCAGGGAAUGUGGAUCUCAACGCCACUCGUACUCCGGCGCCUACUUCGUCAUCGUCUGCGGAUGGUAGCGACUCCGACAGUGACGAAGAUGGCAGCAGUGCUGCCUCUGAAACAUCAUCCGGCUUUGCUGCACAUGCCACCGGCGAGGUCGCUGUUAGUCUUGCCGGAGCCCUUGGCCUGCUAGGACUAGCGGUGGUGCUGUAGGCUUGGGAUAGCCCAGGCCAAUUCCUCGGUGAAGAGAACGCUUAGGGAAGUUUUUGUGGUCAUCAUCUGCAUGUAUGAUAGCGGAGUUCGACCCUGAUACCUGAUGAUAAUCCUGGAGGGGCAGUUGACGAUAAUGGACUGUUUCAGACGAAAUGAAAUGUUUGCGACAGAUAAGACACCCUCCUUUAAUACGUCAUGACUCAGUAGGUGCCCUCGUACACCCCCACGGCGACCAUCCACCUGGAGAAACGUCCAGACGAAAACCAUGGAUAGUCGGUCUAG